AAAUUUUUAAAUUGAUCAAUUUAAAUUUAAGAAAAAAUAUUUAAUUAAAAGCUAUCCCCAUACGUUUCAUACUAAUAUAAACAAUGCAUUUAACCGUAUUGAUAUAAAAUAACCCUUAAGUUGUGUUUGGGUGUAUAAAGUAGUAUUAUAAUCCUCAGCAAUAUGGAUGAAUGUUCAGCAACGAAAUCUACUUCCUUAGAAACGUUGGUUAUUCAAAAUAUAAGUAAUGUGAAAGAACUAAAGUCGAAAUUAAGUGAAAUAAUUAAAAAAGGAAAAGACUAUGAAUUUGAUGUUUCUUCGUGCGUCAAGACUUUAAUAAAGAGCAACGACCAAGAGAUAGUACUCCUGACUGUCGAAGCCAUAUCAGAGCUCGUUAAAUGCGACGAGAAACGUCGAACAUAUUCUCAGAAAGAGAUAAUCAGCCCCAUUCUAGAUAUUCUGCAAAAAGAAAUAACUACCGAAAAUGCUGCGUUAAUAAAACAGUGCUUUCGAGCUCUCGGUAACUUGUGCUGUGACUGUGACUCGUCAAGAAAGAUAAUCUUGGAAUGUGGAGGUGUUCCCAACAUAAUAAAUCUAAUGAAAAAAUAUUUCAGUGCCCACAGUCAAUUAAGCAUGUAUGCAUUUAAAACUUUAUUAAAUUUUGCGAUCGGUGGUCAAGAAUUCACAAAUGCAAUGGUUGAUGGUGGAGUAGUUGAAAUGCUUCAAAUGGUUGUCAUUCAGGAGCUAGAGAAAGAGGAAAUUGAUGAAGAGGCUGUUUGUGCUUUGCUUUCCUUAUUAUCUCUUAUCAACGAAAAUGAUACAGAAAUAUUGUACAGUGAUGAAAUUAAUGCAGGGGUUUUGAAAGUCCUAACUAAUACUGCUGAUAUUGAUGUUUCGGAGUUAUGCCUCGAUAUACUUCAUGCCCAAGCUGAGCAUGAUUCUGUAAAGACCUUAAUAGCAAAACAUGGUGGUAUCCAAGUAGUUUGUUCUCGUAUUGAACAGCUAAUGCAAAAGUUUGAUCACGGAGAACUUGAUGCAGAUCAAUCUGAUGUUGAGGCCAUCCUGAAGCAAGCUUGUGAUUUAAUAGUCAUUGUUUUGACUGGAGAUGAAGCAAUGCACAUACUAUACAACAAAGGUCUCGGUGAAGUUUACAUCUCAAUGGUAAAAUGGCUGGAGCACACUAACUACCACCUAAUAACUACAGGUGUCCUUGCUAUUGGAAACUUUGCCAGACAAGAUGACUAUUGUGCACAGAUGAUGGACGAUAAGAUAUAUGAUAAAUUGUUGGAUCUCUUUGAUGUAUAUGUAAGUUUCGGAGUUCAAAUGCAAAAGGAACAUAGUGUGUUACAUCCGAUAGAACCUGGAACCAUCACAAAGAUCCAGCAUGCUAUAUUGUCCGCUCUCCGGAAUCUCACGGUGCCUGUGGCGAAUAAAAGGAUAAUAGCGGCUCAGGGAAGGGCUGCGCCUACGUUGCUGGGGGCAUUGCUUUCGGUAGAAGAUCAUCAUGUAGCUUACAAACUUCUGGCUGCCAUCAGGAUGCUUGUUGAUGGUCAAGAGAGUGUUGCCCGUCUGUUGGGCCGUCACAAGUCAGCGUUGCGUUGCGUGGCGCGCUGGGGGCACGCGGGGGAGUACGCGGGCGCGGCGGGGGAGGCGCCCCGCCUGCUCGCCUGGGCCGUCAAGCUUCUCACGCGCGGACCCUACUGGCACAAUAUCGUCGAGGUGGACGGCUGUAUAUCCAGUUUAGUCAAUAUGCUGGUGGCCAGUCACUCGCUAAUGCAGAACGAAGCCAUUCUCGCUUUGACGCUAUUAGCUAUUGAAACAUUAAAAAAUAUUUCUCCCUCGAGUGAACAUCCAGAAUUCGAUUACGAAAAAAGCUUUAUCUCUCAGUUGAUUAAGUCGGAAAUCGGUAAGCACGUUUCCAUACUAGUCGAUACGAACUGCGCUAAAAUGCCUAUCGAGGUAGCGGAGAACCUUCUCGCCUUCCUAGACAUCACUUCGAAGAAGAAUAAAUUAGCUCUCGAUUAUAAGGAGGCUAAAGUGACAGAGUCCUUGAAGAAGUUCGCUGAAUCCAGACAGGAUCUGAGCGAGGAUCUCAAGAAUUGUAUCACUGGUGUAAUCGCAGCUAUCUCAGACAAUGGGAAAGAUUAAAAAAAAUCGAUUCCAAAAUUCAUUUCGGAUGAUGACUUUCGAAUUUAUAUUCGCAUUUACUAUUUUCAUAAUAGAUUCUAUGGUUUAGUUGAAGCAAUUCGAUUUUUGAGUAUUAUCUUGAUGUAACUCACUUCCAAGUAGAUGAUUUGGAGGUAAUAUUUAAAAAAAAAAGUUUCUCGAAUAUAUUACCCAGUGACCCCUAUUCAAAUCAUGAAAAUAAUUUCAUGUAGGUAUUUACUGUCAUUAAAAAAAAACUACUAUAGAUGUAAUUCUUUAAUAUGCUUUUAAUGUUAUCUAGUCAUAGUUAAAAAAAAAAGUGUUUUAUUAAAUGUAUUGCAAAAUCUAUUUGCGUCUAAAUAUUGCUACCUUAAUAUUUUACGUGUAUUCAAGAAAUAGUACAUUCCAGAAUUUGUAUUCAGUGAAGUGGUACAAAUUAUAGUUUCGGUAAUAGUUUUAUUAGCUUUGAGUUAAAUCUGUUUGUGUCGUAGGGUAGGCAUUUGAAUCGUGGAAGCUUUUGUCAACUGAUUGAAAUACCAUUUUCUAUUACAUGCGCACUCCAAUACACCAAAGAAGGUUUACCGAUGAUAGCAAAAAAAAUAUAUAAUUUCAAUUUAAAUAUAUAUAUUUGAGUAAUAAGAUGAAUUAAUAUUGACCUUUGUAGGGGGACCAUUAAGUACUAUAACAAAAUGUUAUACAGAGUCAACUGGUCUGUUUUAAAGUCUUGCCCUAUGGCAAGACUUUAAAAAACUCGCUCAAUUGUGAGCGAGUUCGUCCCGAAUCCUUUUGCACAAACUCGUACUUGUGUUGAACAAUUUUGCGCCAAAUACGCUGUUUCUAGACAACGUGUUACCGCAAAAUAUCCACGCGACACAAGCAAUUCUACUAUACGUAUCUUGAUGAUUAUCUUCGGCUAUACGAUUUCCACCUUUUUUUUAUUGCGCGAGCAGACAGACGAGUAUAUGGCCCACCUAAUGGUAAGUAGUUAUCGUCGCUCAUGGACCUCAGCAAUGCCAGGGGUAGAGCCAAGCCGCUGCCUACCUACUCUAAAAAAUGUAAGAUUCACAUAAAGAAACAACUAUUAGUUCUGCUAUGAAUACAAAGAAAUAGUUAUACUUAAUACUCAAUGUACAAUGUAGAUUAAUGUUUUUAUUAUCUUUGUAUGCGAAUUAUUGUGGCAUAGCUUAAGUAAUUUAAUAUAGAUUAUUGUACUACGUACUUGUGUAUGUUGGCUUCGUUUUUAAGUUGCCACUUAUAAUAAUUUGCAUAGAAACAUCAGUUAUUUCUAAAUAUUUUGUUGUGUUUGGUGCCAAAGUUACGAUUUGCUAUUAGAUAAAUCAUUAUUAUUACUCUUAUUAUUACUAAAGGGGUUUUCAAAUAUCUUUACACGUUUAUUGCUUACCUUGGUGCAAUAAAUUUCAGAACAGUUAAGAAUUGUGCAAUUAAAAAAUAUUUUUAAGAUUUAUAUUAUUCUCACGAUGUUUUAAGACCCUAUUGUGCACUUAUAUACGUAGUUAAUACGCUUCUAAAAUGGUAAACGUGUUUAAAAAACAAACACAACUUGUGUAGUUCUAAGCUGAGAAAUAUUAAAAGUGGAUUGAUCUCUGGGUUAUACAACUAUCCUGUUCACUCUCUUCUAUCUGAAAAAGAGAUAGCAAUACCAUUGACAAGUGGUCUGCGUGCGCAUUUUCACUCUAGCCUAAAGGCUUGACGGAUAAUGGUUUAAUCAGUAUCAGUAUAAAUAGUAGGUGCAAUUCAUUCUUCAAUUUGUGUAAAAUAAAAAGCGACCAAAUUAGAUAUUAUAACUAGAGCACGGCUAAAGUUAUUGUUGAAAAUUUGUAUGUGUAACUUAUUUUUAAUUCUUUAUAAAUAGUGUCUCAAUUAAAUACUUAGAUAUUUAUUUUUAUUUGUAGCAUUUUACUUGUUUAUAUUUUGUAUAAUAAAUGCCAUGCUCUGAAUGUGUGACCGCAGUUAUUGAUUUCGACUGUUUUAUGGGAAAACAUUUAAUAUCAAAUACAUUUUAUGUAUAUAAUAUAUCCAAACAGAAAUACGUAUGUACUUGUUGUAUAAAAAAAAAAUUUACGCAUUUUAAUGUCACCCAAUUCUUGCACUCAGAACAUUGAACAAUGCAAUAUGAUUAAUCACAAACCCAAUUCCUCUGUAUGUUUUUGUGAAAUAAAUUUAUCUUAAAUGUA